AGACAACAGGAACGAGACCAAAAUGGCCGAUGCAUUGUGCGGUCCGUCGAACGCCCUGCAAAGCUUCCAGAAACAUGCUGCGACAGACCGGACUCUGCAACAAGACAGACUGGUGCAACGACACUCCCCUUCUCAGCAGCAGGGCUUUCGAUCAUCACCGGGACCAGCGGGAACUUUAGAUCCGGAAUUCGAGGCUUUCCAAGCCGGCGCCUCUCCACAGACCCUCUCCGAAGCCAGCCAUUUCAACCAUCACCUACCCCCUCAGCACCAUGCUGCUCCGCAGUCGUCUCUUCCUGGCUGGGCUUCAGACUUCCAGAACCUGACCAUAGGAUCCGCCCCUCCUCAGUUUGCUCCGUCGCACCAGGCGCAGUCGCACGUGGGGCAAGGCGGGGCAUCAUGGCACCAAGACUUCCUGCAACAGCAGAGCGGACCGUCGCCGCAGACUAUGCAACCAUCGCAAUUACGCCCGUCAUUUUCGCCGAUGGCUCAUCAGCCUCUCUACGCGCCGAUGUAUUCGCCGAUGAAUCAAGUCAGCGAGCAGCCCGGAAAGCAGCGGGCCGAGUUUUAUGAGGAGAACCUAUUCGAUGAUGCAGCGUUCGAGAGAGCCUUCGACGACGCCAGAGCAGAGAUUUCUUUGGGAGAGAAUGUGGAGAGAGAACUCCUAAACCCAGAUGUAACGUACGAUCCAGUGCACGAUGAGUCGAUACACGACACCAUCAGCUACUUGCAAAACCAAGGCCUGGACGCCGAGGCCGACUACUACACGCAAUACACGCCCGAGGAGCUCCAACGAAUAGAGCGGGAGCACAGAGAAAAGGGACAGGGGGUAGCGGAGCAGCAGCCCCAGGUGAUUGACGAUGACGCCCUCGCGCAGACUGCCGGACAGCUGUUGCAGAGUGUAUCCGAUAACACGAGCCAAAAGUUCCAGGAAAGCAACUUUUUGGCCUUGAUGCGCAAGAUCCGGGACAAAGAGAUCAAGGUGGAGGGAGAUCACAUGGUCGAAGUCAGUCUGCCCUCGUCUCCUCUAAGCACAACGACAGUUGAGACCCCGUCAACUGAGUUCACACCCAUCCCCUUCCCAGACCCUGGGAUGUCUCUGGAGUGGGGCCUCGUGUCAUCCUCACUUUCGCGGCCAGGUUCGUAUGAUGGCCAUGGCAUGGACGUGUCGGGACUCAACCCCGCGUACCUCCUCCAUAACCAUAAACCUGAGUCGGUCGCUUGCAAGGUGUUAGGAUGUGAUGGCUCCGCCCAUUGCACAUAUCACGCGCCUUGACCCCAUAGCCCUUACUUAGCAUCGCCAAUACCUUUGUGCAUCGUUCUAACUUGACCUGUUUGGAUAGACCCGAGAGUCCCGGAUACCACCGUCGGAGCAAGAUAUUGACUCUGGCCGGGACCCUUUACAACUCGCGAACGGUGGCUCACCCCCAUCGAACGCCUUCCCCGCUGGUGAGUCUUCUGCUAGCU